AUGGAUGCAGCACGGAGUCUGUCGUUACAGGAUAUUGACGAUGACACUCUGAUAGUUGUCUUCCGUUUUCUGUCGGUAUCCUCCAUUCUUGCUAUCAGAGAGACAUGUAAACGCAUGGAAGGCAUCUCUCGGAUGCGAAUAGUAUGGCAGAAUGCGUAUACCUGCCAGGUACUACUUCAAGGGUUCCCCGCUCCCUACGCCUCUGCGUUGGAUGCGGUCCAACUUGAGCGCAAUGUCUUGCGCGCCCUCCGGGUUGGAAAUUUCUGGCUUUCUCCUUCCGCUGCUCCACGGAAGGUCGUCGAGUUCAAAGCCAGUUCCGGAACGAGCGUGUCGGAAGUGCACUUCCUGCCCAGACAUGAAGACCGAUGGCUUGUGACUGUGUCCAAGGGCAUCUGGUCCAUGAUCACCUGCUGGGACAUCCCUUCCAUCUGCGACCCCCCCGAGCGAGCACAGGCAGUCCAGAUUGCAGAGUGGAGCCCCAAGGGAAUGCUCUUCACGGGGUUUGUGGUCAACUCGGAUCCAGACUCUGAGGGCAUACUCGCGGCCUCUGUGAGUGGCAGAGGUCAGCAAAGCAUUGAGAUCUUGAACAUUACUUCCGGGAGCGCCGAACCGCCUGCUUUCCGCACGGUUGACAGCAUAGAUACCAACUUCAGAGUGAUCGCCCUGCAAGGGGAACUCAUAGCAUUCAGUAACGAUUCGUCGGACACAACGAUAAUGAACUGGAGAACUGGGAAUGCGGCCCUACUGUGUAGUUCGGAACCGCCGGUAGAUCAGCACUUUCAGUACAACCGGUGCCUCCAAGUGGUGUUUACCCACAAAAGUAUACUGGUCGUGCGAGCUAGGUCCAUUGAGCUCUUCGCCGAGCCUGCGUUGCAUCCUCCGAAUGAGCCGUCACUCCCGCACUAUCCGCUCGCUUAUCACACCUUUGGUUGGAUAGAUGGCGUGUCAGUCAGCCUGCAAGCUCUUCCCUCCGACAGAAUAACCGGGUGUUCCGUCGAUCCUCUGUCAAUCCUCCUGCGGGCGGAAACCGACGAUCCUUGGGCAUCCGACACCCACACAUUGAAUCUAUUCACCCUUCAGCCAAAUCCGCUGUAUGCCGAAGACUCUCCUGUUAUCUCAAAUAGUGUCGAUGCAAAUCUGUCCCAGGUCGUCUCGAGCCAGAGCGCGACGUCUCCGUUGGAGCGUGCUCCGUACCUCUUUCCACCUGUACAUUCCUCCCUCACAUCACCCUCCGUCCACGGCUUCCUUCGGUGCACAGGGAUCAUCUUAGGGCAGUAUGGAACCGCCGUAUGGAUCCAGCCUCGCCCCUCUAGAAGUACUGACCUCACAAUGCUCGAUGUGCACGCGUCGGAGACGCAAGCGGCUGAGACGACCAGGCCUCGCGAGUCUCUUGCUGCUGCCGUGUUCGCGGGGCCGCUGCAGCGUCACCAUCCUGAGAUCAGUCUAGACGCGAGGACGUUGUGGGCUGAAUCUGAUCGGAGCAGUAACUGGACCGCGAUUGAUUACGACGAGGAGCUGGGACGGAUCGCACUUGGGUCGAUAGACGGGAGGGUGACCCUGCUGGAGCUUGGAUUACCUUGUGACCAGCAAGGUUGGACCCGUUGA